AUGUCGCUUCACAAAAGUGAGUUGUCCAGACCGGUUCAGUCCGGGUCCUUCACCGAUGACUCGAUCAUGGGCUUUCAGACUCCAACAGAGUGCCGUUUUCAGGAGCCGGAGCUUGAAGACGAUGGCACAAAGGUCGACGUGUGUCUCUCCGACUACACUAAUGGUGGCAGGAUGGACAGGCUGCAAACGGAGCAGACCUGCGCCACGGUCGGCACCACGCGCACCCAGGAUUCUUCCGUCGUCCGACAGCUGUCGGUCACGCCGGACCCCGUUGUGCAACGGGGAGUUUCCCUUGAAAAUGUCCUAUCGGGCUUCGGGAAGCACUGGGCCAAUCGCAUGGGAAUGUUUAAUGUCGAUCCACGAAGCAUCUACCAGCUCUCUGAAGCGACGCGCAACUACGAUGUGUUUCUUAGCCACGAUUGGCGUUCCAGCGGACGACUGAAGGUUCUCACGCUGUUGAUCGUCUUCAACUCUCAGGCUGCUUUUUUGGCUUCUUUGGCCGUCAGUGCUAUAGUGGGGGUAUUGCGAGCAGGCCGCAUCCUCCCAGAUGAGAUGUGGACGGUCCUCUUCGGCCACAUUACAUUUGUACUGGUCCUCGUGUUUUGGCAAACCAUUCGGCUGCUCUUUCGCCGGAAGUUGCUGGUGUUCCUGGACAAGUUGUGCAUCGAGCAGAGCGAUGCAGAGCUGAAGCAGAGAGGGAUUCUGAACCUGCCAGGCUUCUUGCUGAGUUCCGAGAAGCUUCUGAUCCUCUGGUCGGAGCAUUAUUUCAGCCGUCUUUGGUGCGUGUUCGAGAUGGCGACGUAUCUCAAGGAUCCCUUCGGGCGGGAGCGGACUCAGAUCAUCCCUGUCAAGACCGGCGCGUUGCUGUGUUUGUCAUCGGCAUGUUGGUACGUGCUGUGCGCUGCCUACAAUGUGAUCUACGCGAGCGCGAAGGUGGCCUCGGUAUAUGGAGACGAUGUUCUUGAAUCACUUCAAUCGGUGGCAUUGCCUGCAAUGAGCAUGGUGGCAUUUGCAGGUGUCGUGGUGGUUCCGAUCGUUUACUACGUGGGUAUCGGGCUGAUAGAGGAAGUUGAGAAGCUGCCGCAGCAGUUGGCAUCUUUCAACAUCCGCGAUGCUUCCACCAGCUGCUGCGGCUUCGAACAUCUGCAUCCAGUAACUGGCCUGGAGCUUCCUUGCGACAGGACUAUCAUCUUCGAAAUGCUGGUAAAAUGGUAUUCCGAUUCUGCGGAGGGCACAGGCAAGGAUGCAUGCUGGACGGACGAAAUUAACAGCCUGAUUCGCGGGCACAUUGGCUCUGUUAUGUCCGACGUACGACAGAGGUUAGUGCCGAUCAACUACACCAUCUACAUGGUCGGUGCCGCCAAUGUUCCGUUCUUAGCCGACCUAAUCCCUGAGCUGGUACGUCAAAUUUCCGACGGAGGAUUUCAGACGAUUAGCCUCCGCUUCUUCGUCCACUGGGCCUUCGUUGUUGUCGUCAGCAUCUUCAAUACACGCAUCUCUGUCUCGAUAUGGAAGUGGGGCUUAGCUUUGCAGAAUACGAACUACCGUUGCUUUCGAUCACGGGUUUGCGUCGUGGCGCUUAUGGUGCCUUGUGGCUGCUUGCUGGCUUCGGUGGUUUGGAUGUCUCACGUGCUUUGUUACGUCUCUACUGAUGACACAAGCCUGCUUCCGCUGGUUCCUUUCGCACUCCUCGUGGCGGCCACAAUCGUGGUACUUUUCCCGCGAGGUUUCCGUAAGACGGCUGCGACCUGCUUGCGAUGCUUGGGCGACUCGGACAAUGCGGAUGGUCCCUUCACAGAGAAGGACGACGAAGAGGCUUACGGGAAGACUGACGACGAAGAGGCUUACGGGAAGACUGACGACGAAGAGGCUUACGGGAAGCCUGACGACGAAGAGGCUUACGGGAAGACUGACGACGAAGAGGCUUACGGGAAGACUGACGACGAAGAGGCUUACGGGAAGACUGUGCCUUUACGGAGGUUCUUCACGGGGCUGGGUCCCUUCACAGAGAAGGACGACGAAGAGGCUUACGGGAAGACUGACGACGAAGAGGGGGAGGGAGGGUCCUUACGGGAAGGGCGAAUCCUUACGGGGAGGAAGGACGACGAAGAGGCUUGCGGCUUGCGAGAAGACUGUGCCUUCACGGAACUCCCCAUGGGGACAACGAAGAGGCUUACGGGAAGACUGUGCCUUUACGGAGCCCCUUACGGUUACGGGGAGGGAGGGUCCUUGCGGGAGUCCUUACGGGGAGGGUCCCUUACGGGGCUGGGUCCCUUCACAGAGAAGGACGACGAAGAGGCUUACGUGAAGACUGUGCCUGUACGGAGCCCCUUACGGGGAGGGAGGGUCCUUACCUUCACAGAGAAGGACGACGAAGAGGCUUGCGGCUUGCGGGAAGACUGUGCCUUCACGGAGCCCCCCACGGGGAGGGAGGGUCCUUACGGGAAGGGCCAGUCCUUACGGGGAGGGUCCCUUACGGGGCUGGGUCCCUUCACAGAGAAGGACGACGGAGAGGCUUACGGGAAGACUGACGACGAAGAGGCUUACGGGAAGACUGACGAUGAAGAGGCUUACGGGAAGACUGACGCCCUUUCGGAGCACCAGACGGACCUUUGA